AUGGAUGCCACCGUCAAAUCCGGGAGCCAGCACUGGGUGCACACCUGGGCUGCAAUGCCGCAGCUUGCAGAGUCAAUUGAUCUGCCCGGAAAUCCGUUUACUCUCCGGCAAACAGUUCGUGUGAGUCUCGGAGCCGCGUCUCACAUUCGCUUGCGACUGUCUAAUGCCUUCGGCCAAGAACCUUUGACCAUCGCAGAAGUGACGGUCUCGCGUUCUGCGGGGAAUGUCUCGGGGACCGCUGCAGUUGAGCCGGGAACGAUUCGCCAAGUUACUUUUUGUGGAGAUCGCGAAGCUCGCAUUCCUGUUGGAGCCCAGAUUGUCUCCGAUCCAGUUGACUUUGGACCCCUUCCCCCGACCACCGUUGUGACUAUCAGUCUGUUUCUGCCAAACAAACCGCCGCCAGAAGGAGUGACUUCUCAUCCUGGCAGCAGAACUACUUCAUGGUUUGCUCCUGGGAAUCAAGCGUCUGAAUUAAGUCUUUCGGGAGAGGAUGUGGGGCAGAUUGAGCACUGGUACUAUAUUAGCGGGAUUGAAGUUCUCACGCCUCGCGAGUUGGGUGCCUUUGCAUUGAUUGGAGAUAGCAUUACCGAUGGACACGGUAGUACAACAAAUGGUGAUACACGAUGGCCAGAUUACCUCUUAUCCCGUUUGCAAAAAUCUCCUCCCGAGCAAUCAAUUGCCAUUGUUAAUCAAGCAGCUGGUGCGAAUUGCAUUCUCCAGGACGGUUCGGGCGGUCCUAGCGUCCUUGCCCGUCUGGACCGGGAUAUCCUCUCCCUUUCUGGAGUACGCCAUGCAGUAAUAUUCGAAGGAAUCAACGAUAUUGGCAUAACUUCGCCUGAUUCGGCGAGCCUUGCCAUCGUGGAGAAACAACUAAUAGCCGCCUAUGUGCAAGUUGCUACUCGGCUCUCAGCAGCCGGUAUCAAGACGAUUAUCGCAACAAUAACACCGUUUAUGGUCAGAGAUGGAGAAGAACACAACCCGGAGGUAUCGCCGUACUCACACCCUGCGCGAGAAGUGACGAGGCAGAACAUCAAUGCGUGGAUCCGCAAUGAUGGCCCAACAGUGUUUGACGCGGUCGUUGACUUCGAUGCCGUAUUACGAGACCCAGAGGAUUUUUCAGUCUUAGCGGCUCAGUAUGACUGUGGAGACCACCUGCACCCGAAUGAGAGCGCUUUUCAAGCGUUGGCAGAUGCUUUCCCUUUGCAUGUAUUGAAUAUUUGA